AAGGAAGCGACUACGGCCUCAGCAGAAACUGUUAACAAAAGAGUAUCGACAACACAACAGGAGAAGCAAGUUGGCAAGGAGUUAAUGCAAACAAAUGAUGUCCUCAAACUAGUUAACGAUCUGUUUCGAAAAAGCGUUUCGCUACCAAAAAAGUAUUGGAAUUUGUGGAGCCAGCUAAGAAAACAACCAAAAUUGGAAAUCGACCAAUCCCGAUUAGUUGGUGACUUUCAUAAUCAUGGGGAUAGAGGUGAUUGGCGUGUAAUCGGAAUGCGAUCUACACGGACUAAUAACGUAAGCAUCGAGUAUGACGUGAUGCUACGUUCAUUCUGGGCAGCUCUGUAUUUGAAUUUUGCUCAACUUCAGAUGAUGACAAAAGAAAACAAUGAUCAGGUUAUGAAGUUCUGCACCUCUGAUAAUUCUAAAGAUCAUUUGUUCUUCAUGCAACAGUACAAAUUACUUGAGGUGCUGAAAAGGCGUUAUCCAAAUUACAGGUAA